AUGGCACCAAAAGAUGCACCUGAAAAGGUGGAGCCCUUCGAGUCUUCAACGGAAGACCGGGCUGAGAUGGAAUUAGUUAAUGCGUCCGGCCAUCGUCAAGAACUCGAUCGGAAUUUCAGCUUGCUCAGUAUCUGUGCUGUCGCGGUGACGACAGGAAACACAUGGAUUGCCCAAGGUGGCAGUCUGGUAACGGCGUUGGGGAACGGCGGACCAUCGGGUGUCAUCUAUGAAUUCAUGGCCGUCUCGGUUUGUUAUUGGUUGGUUGCUGCAUCCAUUGCCGAGCUGGCAUCGGGAAUGCCUUCCGCCAGUGGCGUCUAUCACUGGGCAUCGAUCACCGCCGGUAAAUAUGGUCGCGUUUGUGGAUUCUUCGCGGGUUUCUGGAACUGCCUGGCCUGGAUCCUGGGUGCUGCAUCCAUGUCGGCUAUCCUGGGUCAGCAGACCGUCUCGAUGUACGCCCUCAUGCAUCCCGGCUUCCAGACUCAGUCGUGGCAUGUAUUCCUCAGUUUCAUCAUCUGCACGUGGAUGUGCUGCUGCAUCGUUCUGUUCAUGAACCGAUUUCUCCCGCAUAUUGGAAAUCUGGGAAUGUUUUUCAUUUUAGCCGGGGUCUUCAUUACGAUCGUCGUUUGCGCUGUCAUGCCGCAUGUUAACGGCACGGGACAUGCCUCUAAUGAGUUUGUCUGGCGCACCUGGCAAAACCAGACGGGAUAUACGAGCAACGGGUUUGUCUUCGUUGCAGGAAUGCUUAACGGUGCCUACAGUGUGGGUACUCCCGACUGCUCGACUCAUCUGGCAGAAGAGAUUCCCAGGCCGAGUCGGAACAUCCCCAAGGCCGUCCUGGCCCAAAUGAGCGUCGGUUUCGUCACCGGUGUCCUCUACAUGGUUGCCGUCUUCUACUCGAUCAAUGAUCUCGACGCCGUUAUGAACAGUGCAUACGAAUUCCCGCUCGCCGAAAUCUACCGUCAAGCGACUGGCUCGCGGGGUGGCUCUCUCGGAUUGCUUAUCGUCGCCUUCUUGCCUACCGUCAUCACCUGUGCCGGCUGCUAUAUCACCGCCGGCCGUACGCUCUGGACCAUUUCCCGCGACAAGGCGACUCCCUUCUCCGGCUGGCUCUCGAAGAUCAACUCCCGCAUGCACAACCCCUUCAACGCAACCCUGGUCUGUGGCGGCAUAGUCACCAUCCUGGCUUGCAUCUACGUCGGAUCGACUACCGCGUUCAACGCCUUCGUCGGCUGCUUCGUGCAGCUGUCCAGUCUGUCUUACUUUGCCGCCAUCUUCCCGCAUCUCUUGACUCGUCGCUCGUCCUUCACCCCCGGCCAUUUCUGGCUCGGCCCCGUCGGAUACGUCAUCAACGCGUUGAGCUGCAUCUACAUCUUGGCUUUCGUCGUCAUUUUCUGCUUCCCGUUCGCUUUGCCCACCGACGCGGCUUCGAUGAACUAUGCUAGUCUGAUGACCGGUGGAUUGACGAUCUUUGUGGCUGUCUGGUGGCUCUUCCGCAUGCGGUCCUACGAGGGACCCAAGUUUGUUCCGUUGACGGACAAGAUCCUGAUGGACGACGCCAAAUAA